AUGUUUCCCAGACCUCGUAGGACAUAUUGCAAUUUGGAACUUAUCGCACUUCUUUCAAAUGUAUCUGGAGUGCCCGUGAAGUGUACUGUGCAUAUUAGUGGUGUAUUAACCACUCUCCAAGCCAAUAUUGAUUUGGAAAAACCUUUCUACGAAGAACUCGAAAAACAUAUUAAUUCAUUAAAUAGUAAAUAUCAUGAGAAAUUUGUAAUAACAAAGCAGACUUGUGACGAUAUUUCAAAAGCAUUAUUAUUAGAAAGAGGUAAGAAAUCCGAUUUAUCGUUUAUUUUUUGGGCUCGAAAUAAUUUUGUUUUGGUUAGAACCGCCGGAAUAGAGACAGUAUCUUGUGCAAAAAGUAAGAAAUCUGUUUGCGUUUAUGAAGCAUUUUUUACAGUUAUUAGUGAAUGUCAUAUAGCUGUUUCUCAUGGAGGACGUGACAAAACAUUCGGUGAAAUUCAAACACAUUAUUCGUGGGUACCACGUGUUGCUGUUGAUUUGUUUUUAAAACGUUGCAUUGCUUGUCAGAUUCGAAAACCAGUUAAGCAACAACAUGUAGUUAGCAAACCAAUUGUUUCUUUAGGUGUAAUGACACGUUUACAGAUUGAUCUUAUCGAUAUGAGAACACGCCCAGAUGUAAUAAGGUGUAAUGAGGUGGCAUAG